CCUAAAAGAGCUCUUCCAAAUCUAUCCCUCCCCAGAAGAGCUCUUACAAAUCUAUUCCGCCCCAGAAGAGCUUUUCCAAAUCUAUUCCUCCCCAGAAGAGCUCUUUCAAAUCUAUUCCUCCCCAGAAGAGCUUUUCCAAAUCAAUUCCUCUCCAGUAGAGCUCAUCCAAAUCUAUUCCUCUCCAGAAGAGCUCUUCCAAAUCUAUUCCUGUCCAGAAGAGCUCUUUCAAAUAUAUUCCUCCCUAGAAGAGCUCUUCUAAUUCUAUUCCUCUUCCUCCCCAGAAGAGCUUUUCCAAAUCAAUUCCUCUCCAGUAGAGCUCAUCCAAAUCUAUUCCUCUCCAGAAGAGCUCUUCCAAAUCUAUUCCUGUCCAGAAGAGCUCUUUCAAAUCUAUUCCUCCCCAGAAGAGCUCUUCCAAAUCUAUUCCUCCCCAGAAGAGCUUUUCCAAAUCUAUUCCUCCCCAGAAGAGCUUUUCCAAAUCUAUUCCUCUCCAGAAGAGCUCUUCCGAUUCUAUUCCUCUCUAGAAGAGCUCCUUCAAAUGUAAUCUUCCCCAGAAGAACUCUUUCAAAUUUAUUCCUCUCGAGGAAAGCUCUUUCAAUUCUAUUCCUCUCUAGAAGAGCUCCUUCAAAUCUAUUCCUUUCCAGAAAAGCUCUUCCAAUUCUAUUUCUCUCCAGAUAA